AGAAAAGAAAACUCUUUAGGGUCCACUCGGCUGUGCAGCUUUUAGGGAUCGAUUUCCUGUAUGGCUGCAUCCAAGAUCGAGCGCCUGGAAAAAGCAGUUCAUAUAUUGGAGGCGGCACUGAAAGCAAAUGACUUAGUGACAGCAAACAAGAAGAACCUUUCCUACGAGAAGGAACGCAACGCUUGCUCCGAAAUUCGCAGUAUCAUUGUAGCCAACGAUUUCAAUGCCCUUUACAAGGCAGAUCGUCGCUACGGCGAUCUUUUGGCAAAAAGCGUGGAGAUGAUAUUCAGAAUGGUAAAUCAUGCCAAUCAAGAUGUACGAACGUAUGCCGAAGAAUCUUUGGAUGCAGUAUUGCGGAGUCUCCUUCUUGGAUUUUAUCACUCUCGUGUACUGGUGUUGCUUAUAACCGAGGUUGGACGUAAUCACAAUGCUCGUUCAUUGGUUUGUGCACUUCGUCGGCUUGCUCAUCUGAUCCAUUUCAGCAAGUGUAAUCGUGUCGUAAGCUACGGUGUGCACAUACUGUCAGCCCUCACAUCGCUGAUGAAGAGACCCGAGGAAGUCAUACAGAGUGCGAUUAUCUCUUAUAGCGGUCUGCUUUUUGAUACGUUGGGCCCUAGAAUGAGAAGCCAGCAAACGGAAAAAGCCUUCGAUCUCUACUGUGUAGCUGCCGAUAAUCUGGAGUUGAACGGAACUGCCAAUAGAGCUGCUGUAACGAUUAUUGCUCACCUAGCUACAUAUUAUCCUUCUGUAUUGAAUAAAGCGUUUCUUAGAUGUAUGGUGUGCGUCCGAGAUGCAGAUGACAGCUCUAACCGUACAAAACUAAUAGGCUGUCUAAAUACUUUGAAAUCAAUCUGGCCGCUUUUGUCUGAGCCGGGAUGUGCUGUAGCACGGAACAACAUCAAAACUGUCAUAUGCAGCGUGUUGUGCUGCUUGUACUCAAAUUUCAGCGAAGUUGUCGUGCCUAGCAUUGAACUGCUAGAUAAGAUUAUGGCCGAUCCACUCCCUUGGCUGUGGGAGUUUAUCCCUCUUGAGUUCGAUUUGGCUUCUGCCUUUCGUCCAAAAGUUGCGAGUGUGGCUGAUAUGGUUUCGAGAACAGCUUCUCCUGUUUUUGGUGAGGUCUCUCUCCCAUCUUCUUCGCUUGGAUCCAUGCUUGACGUUUCGGAGACCGGUACGGGUAUUUGCGAUUUCAACACACCACUGUUACUCCCGGAACGCUCGGCUGGGCCUUCUUCUAGUGGCGGAAGUUCGUCUCCGACUGUUGAAGAUGAGAUUAUCGAUCCAUUGCUUCACGCUGAUUUGUAUGAAGAAGUUAAUCGAAGCGAUAACUUCGGGAGUGAUCCGGCGUUAACCUCGCAGCAAAACUGUCCGGAUGAUGCAUCUCUUGGGAUCUUGAAGCAUCUUCCAGUCGAUAUCUGUGACAUGUCCUCUAACUGUCUAGUCUACACAGCAGCUUUGUUAGCAAAGCGUUUUCUUUUGGCGGGAUUGAAGGGCUUGAAAAGUGACCGAGACGUUCGGAUAUCGCACAAAAUCCUGGCGUUGAAUUGUAUCACCACAAUCGCAAACCAUCAGAACCUUGCCAGGACUACUUUGCUUUUCGAUGACUUUGAACAAAAUUUGGGAGAGGUUUCGCGUUACAUACUACAUGAUGACGAUCAGCUAUGCGCUUCGACAGUGCUUCUUCUCUUCAAAAUGGAUAAAUAUGAAUCCGCGAUACAUAGUAAUUCUCAUAAUUAUCGACGGGUGAUGAGAGCCUUUCAACCAAUUAGGAAGCGUUCGGUGCUUCAAGCUGCGAUAGGUCAACAGAGUACACUCGAGUCUCUCGGCAUUCUUCAAGAUGCUAUUAAUCUCGCUAUUACGGAAGUAUCGUCUACUUUCUUCCUGCUUAAGGUAACAUGUGCUGAAUUUUUGAGCUCGCUCAAAUGGAAUAUGGUAGAGCGUUCUAUCCGAGAAGAGUGGCAGUUACAGUGUCUUCAUGCUUACUUUGAUCUUUUGUUUUCCGAUGACUUCAAAGUCGCUCAAGCUGCUUUAAGUAGGGUCGAUCGAUUGGUGAUGAAUGCGGACUUCACCGAGUACAGUGGAGUCUUUGCUGUCCGAAUCCCUGAUGAUGUGAUUUCUCUCGGACAAGGCUUUCUUCCAGCAGUUCUUAAUAUGCCAAGCGAUUACCGAUUUCGUGGUGAAUGUCCUGAUAUCGUGGUAGAAUCUAAUCUGGAGGCAGUGUUAAGCGAGUUAACUGAGUACUAUACAGCUGAUGUGCUCAAGCGAUCUGCUGGUUUUUGCCUCGUUCUGGAUGCACUGCUGAAAACAUUCCCCGCAUCCUUGUUCUCCGAGUGCUGGGGAUGCUCAAGCAAACAGCCCUCACCUACGGGUGGACUUCUUUCCGUAGUGCUAGAACUAUGCGAAUUGAAUCUUAGCACACCCUCUAAAUUGUCUACUGGUCUGCGAGUUGUUGCUGCAUUGUUUGCCGCUUUCUGUGAAAGCAAUAUCAUGAACGUUGUCCAGGAGCAAGCAAGUGUGGAUCGAGCAACUCUUCCACGUUUGCCUGAGCAAAUCCUCCUCGAUCGACUACUACUGAUGCCUUUAAGAGUAUUGAAUUUGUACUACUCUCUCAUUGCUGAAUAUCGGUCUGUGACAUCACAAUCCUCGACGUCGAUCUUAUCACGGCCAACUUUGUCACCACUACCCAAGAAAGACAUCUCUCCAUCGCGCAUCGCCGACAUCUCGCGGUUGCUUGGGACAAGUAUUCAUCCGAGUUUGCAGACGAGCUAUCUGGAAUGUCCCACAUUGAAGCAAGUUUUCCACAGUGUUGUCGGUGCUCACCGCAAUUUUAUGGAGCGUCUCGAUGGUGAACUUGAAUCGAGGUUUGUCACUUUGCUGCAAGCAGCGCUUGACUGUUUGGGUACAAUAUGCGAGAUGUUAACGUUCGCACAACUGCGGCCGUUGCUGCAGGAAAUCUUGCUUUACAUCAAGGUAACGUUCGAAGUUUGCCCCGAUGGAGGCACAAGUCUUCUUCAUCAACUUUUCAAAGUUGUUUUUGGCAAAAACACAGCCAAUAUCAACUUGGAUAUGUUGCACUCUAUGAGGAUGAAGGAUCCGAUUCCCCCACUAAAUGAAGCUGAGAUGUUGUAUCUUCGUUGUGCGAAUGAGUUCACACUAUUCUCCGCAUUCAUUGGUCGUAAAGAGUAUAUUGACACAUUCAUACUCAGAAAUAUCGGAUGGCUAAAGAGCGAUAUGCUUUCAAAAGUGCAUAAUCCGCCUCCGAACGAAAUUGCGCCAGCAUUGGAAUUGUUUGAAGGAUUUGUAACGGUGUUGCUGCAAGUCUACGGAGCUUUUCAGUCCGUUCCAUGCAAGCGCGCAAUCCUUGGAGUUAUGUGUGAAUUGCCUCGUGAUGGCAUUAUUUAUGCCAUGGCUGAUCCGAAGAAAGCGUUGUUUGAGGCUGUAACAACACAGCUUUGUGAUCCAAUCAGCGGGAAUAAAGAGCUGUUAACAGAGAUUGCGUUGUAUCUGAUCGUGCUAGCAAGAACGACAGUGAUAAAGUAUGACCAAGUCUGCCGAGUUGCUGUCGAUCUCAUGGAGCGAGCGGUCAAGACCAAUGUUUGUGAAGUGCUAUCAGCUGUCGAAGUGAUACUUUUGGAAAUAUUAUAUGUGCAACGUGCUGAAGCUGGAGUGAUCUACACCGCUUUUCAAAACAAAUCAAAAGCAUUGUUCCUCAUGAGCAGCCAGCACACUUUACAAGUCUGGACGCUGUUUCUUCAUUGGUCAAGGAACGAAGAUAAUUGCUGGUCAACAAUUUCCCUCGAUUUUCUUGCUGCUUAUUCCGAUUUUGUAGCUGAAUGCUCUGAGUCCUCGCUUAGUCAUUCUGUAUAUGCUAUAGUUACUGCACUUGCGUGCAUGUCUCCUGCUAUGUAUCGUCCUGUAGACAGUGUAUUCCAGCUGUUUCAAAAUUCUGUCACUAACGAGGAUUUGCCAGCGGGUAUUAAAUUGAAACAAACUGUUCCAUUAUUAUUUUCUAUCUUCAAUAAUGUAACUGAGGAGAAAUUACUUAUGCGUCUUGAACAGUUAAUUGAAAAUCCAUUGGACUGGUUGGCGAGGAAUGUUUAUGAGCUUCUAGUUUUGUCUUCAUCUACUGAGCCAAGAAAAGAAAAUUUAUUCAGUGAAUAUUCCCUUUUUCUGUUGCAAACGGUGGUAAAUCUAGUCAAAGCAGAAAGCUAUCGAAAACUAUGCACAGCUUUACAAGCAUUGCUGAAACAGUGCGAUGCUCUUCCCACGCUUCAUCUGUUUGCGACUCAACCUAGCCUUUUGUCCCAAUGGUUGCAGCUUCUUCACUUGUUCAACAUAUCUUUGGAUAGAUACACUACCAACUGCCCUAAAGAGUAUGUAACUAGACUUAUCGCAUCAUUCUCAUCAGCACAAAAAAGUGGCGACUUUGAUGAAGUUGCUGCUAUCAAAGAGAACAAUUUUACACUGGCGCUUCCGAAGGAAUGCCCUCUUGUCGAGUUCUGCAAGUCAGUUUUUUCCGACUCGCUUUGGUGCACGUGCCCGCGGGUCUUCCGAACAUUGCUGUCUCUUGAAUCCCAGGAUAUUUAUUACGUGUACGAGUGCGUGCCGGAAAACGAGAGACAAAGCUUCCUUGGACAUCUUGUGAAUUCGUUGUCUGCCGGACUCACCACUCGCAUGGUGUUCCCCGACACCUACAAAGCCACUGUGGCUAAGUCACAAGAGAUUCUCGACGUUGUUUAUGAUCUAGUCGAGUACGAAGGCGAGGAUAACAAGGAAACACUCCGCACUAAGAUUUUUGUGUUAUCUCGCCUUUCGCUCAUGGGCAGCCAUGAUCUGGUUUGGGGUGAAUUCAGAUCUAAUGAAGUGACUGCUCUGUUAGAACAUGCUGCUGAAGAAAUGAAUCUUCCUGAAUGUAAUCUGCGCGCAGUAUGUGAUGGGCUGAUAUUCAUGUUGGAGCAUAGAUCGACUAGAGAUAUCUUUUUUAGAGAUAUAUUCUAUGGUAUUCAUAGUAUUCAGAAAGUGCUUCGAACUACUUUUUCUCUGCUAGGCGGGAGGAGGGAUUCAACAAAUGUGGAGCAAUUACAAACCAGCGAUAAAAUUAGUGUUGUGACGGGUGAUAGUACCUCAAAUUCUAUUUUUGAUGAUUUUGGUGGCUUUGACGGGUUCAUAUGUGCUUUGUUCAAUGAUGUUCAUGCUGUUUGUCAUUUAUUCAAAUCCAAGGCUCAUGGGGACUCGCAGCAUCUCGAGAAAUUCUGCAGAGUGCUUUUGCGUCAUCCGUUACUGCAUCGUCUGGCUAUCGUUCCUUACAUGGCUUUAAAGAUGAACUGGAAGUUGCGCGUCGAGCUGCGCGGUAACUCUGUACAUGUGCCACUGGUCAAUAUUCAUCUCCUCUGCAAUAUAGAUAUUCUUUGUGAUUUUUCAUGGAGAAUCAAUUGGUUGGGUUGGAUCUCACGUCAGCAGUUUGAGGAUUUCUGGAUGUCACUUUUUGGAGUGCUAUCAUCGACUCCUUCUGGUAAUGAACUUGCAGUGGAAAAUUCUGUGAAUCUGACGGAGCAGAUUCUCGCCAGCAGUUUUGCAGUCUCUGUGCUCACGGAUAUCCUCAUAUUCAGCUUACUUUAUCCUGAACCGGGUAAUCCACCUAUGGGUCAUUUCAUUAUCAAACAUCGCGAACGGACCGAGCCAUUUUACCAGUCUAAGUCUAUGCAGCUGCUGUGUCUACUAAAAGCACGUUUAUGUCACAGUAAUGAGCCAUUACAGCUAUACCGCCGAAAUCUUGAACGUUUGAGCUACGAGGGGGCUGAGUACUGUUUUGGGCAACUUUCAGCAUUAUCGCUAUGGACGUUGACUGGCGUUUUGAACGAUGAGAAUCCGCAGCAAAUAGUCAAGGAAGAUAGCCCGCGAAUGCGCAUUUCACUGUCUGAAUAUCUCUUGAAAACCACGUGUGAACUUGACACCGCUUCAUCUGUUCGGGCACUGUUUGAAAAUUUUUCGCACUGGCUUGCUCGAGGGUUGGAUCAGCUUCCGUUGCCAUUGCUAUCUUCCACUGUGAAAUCGGUGGCGUUAUUGUCUGACUUAUUCGACGAGUCAUCUACUUAUGAAAUCUUAUAUGCUCAAAUGAGGAAUGUUUUUCGAGGAGGCUUUCUCACUUCUCACCCAGAUCUCGGAUAUGUGAUUUACUGUAUGCUGAAGGCAGUGACUGUCCUCGGGUUGGAGUAUGUCGCUAGAGGAAUGACCGAAGCGGACAUGACCAAACAAAUUCUUACAUGGGUGGAAUGCGGGUUAACGUCGUGCUUCCCUUUUGUACGCGAAGCUACACUACACGGGUUCAUCUACCUCAUGCAGUCAAUUACGCUAGAUCCUUUGAAACCCGUCAUUCAGUACGUGACCGGAUUUUUGCUGGAAGAUUUAAGAAAGCAGCUGGCAGUGACAGAUCCGAUAAAUAUCAUUGAUAUACCGGCUUCCAUUGAAUACUCCAAUCUGUUAUGGUCCGUAGCUUUUCGGAUCAUGGAGGAACCGCUGCAAGUAACUUUCAAAAACACAUUGCUCCAGCGUACAUGCGAGACAUUUACUGUGAUGAAUCUAUCGCCAUGUUUGCUACCGGUGGUUACAAGUGGAAUCGAAGCGCUUAUAUUGCACAGUACAAGCUACUUGCCCCAGUUUCUACAGUUGGCUCAUAGUUGUCUCAAGUCGUAUGUAACGAUCUCUUCCACGUUUCCUUAUGUUCUUCGGAUUUUCAUCGCUUGUGUAUUCAAGCAAGAAGCUGAUCCACGUAGAGCAAGUGCCCGCGAAUUCGAACCGGCUUUAGAUGAAUUAUAUAACAUUUACCGACGCUGCGAUGAACGCACUGCUGGUAUGAUCAGCAGCGUGUUGCCCUCCGUACUGUUACGACUUUACCCAGAAGAACGCGUAUUUAGUAUUAUUCUGGAUUUCUGCUCCCCUACAAAAUUUGGUUAUUAUCCAGGUCAUAUCUCACAUUCGCUACGGAUGAUGUUUGAGUUUUUUGAACGAAUGCGGGAAAGCCAGCGGCUAUCUUCGUUGAUGGCAUUUGCCCAGCAGGUUGUUACGCGUCUCCAAGCACAACCGGCUACGAACGCAGAACAUAGAGCAGUGGCACUAUGCUUGCUGGCUGCAGUAUCGUCGUACGAGGAUGUUGCUUUUAGAUUCCAUAUCUACUUGGCCUCUUUGCAUUCCUUUGAGGCAAAUGAAGAGUCUUUCGAGUUACUCAUGAAGAAUGCUCUAGAAGAGUCGUCCAACUACUAAAACUUUCUUUAGCUUCACUAUAAAUGUAUCUCAUCCUUGUUUUCCUCACUUUCUUUGCAUCGUGACCGGUGACUCAUAGGCAUAAGUGUAGUAUGUGUGCUCAAAUCAGGUACACAUGAAUAUACCAUGUAGAUAAUAGCAUGUAAAUUAAUAAUUUGUAAAGUUUGCUCUGUUAUCUGUGUCGCCUUGUCUAGUUUAUAUCAUCCAGCUCUGUUAUGACUACUAAUUUUUAGAAGUGCACAGCUGGACUGACUUGAGCAACAAUUGAUGUUCGUGCGAUGUCGAUUUUGCGAGAUUACAAAUCGCUAGAG